AUGGAGAUUUGGAUUGAGAAAAGUAAAAAUUCCCUAGCUUUUGUGUUUAUCUCUCAUCUCUGUGUUCUGGGUUCAUUAAUGAAACCUUCACUUAUGAUAAUCUCAACUAGUUCUGGGUUUCGGUGUCGGCAUUCUAAUCAUCAGUCUUUAUACGAUGUGAGCAGGGCAUGUACAAGUAUGCAUAAUAAUCUUAGCUUGGUUUCCAUGUGGGUACCCAAUACAAUUAGAAUGAAAGCAAAGCCAAAUUUAGUGCUUAGUGCCCAACCUGGGUUGGUUUGUGAGACACAAGAAGAUAAACAAUGUUAUGAAGCUUCUUUGGUUGAGCCAAUAUUGCCUCCAUGGGGAGAUUUAACCAUUGGCAAUGACAAGGACCCGGCCCACCCGGAUAUCGAACCGGAGGCUGCUAUGGGGCCGGAGGUGAUGAGUAGGAAGGCUCUGUUGAAAGUAGAUAGGGUGAGUUUUUUAGAGGAGGCGGAUGAGGAGACAUUGUCCAAGAGGAUGUUGGUGCUUAGUAGAACUAAUAGAUUUCGGAGUGCGUUGGAGCUGUUUACUUCCAUGGACUUAUCAGGUCUUGUUCCUAGUUUACAUGCUUGUAAUUCACUGUUGUCUUGUCUGUUGAGAAACGGGUUUCUUGACAAUGGACUGAGAGUGUUUGAGUUUAUGAAGAGGAGGAAGUUAGCGACGGUGAUACUCAAAGCAGUUUCGGAUAUCGGUGCGGGAGUUUAUGACGCUGCUGUUGAAAUGUUUAGGGAAAUGGAAGGGGAGAGUGGAGUGAGGGAGGGUUUUGAUACUAUUGUCUAUAACACAGUGAUAUCGGUUUGCGGUAAAGUGAAUAAUUGGCGUGAAACUGAGAGAUUGUGGAGAGAGAUCAAGGAGAAUGGCCUUUCUGGAACCCAGGUUACGUAUUGCCUCUUAGUUAGCAUUUUUGUUCGGUGUGGUGAGCACGAGCUAGCUCUUGAUGCUUACAAUGAGAUGAUUGAAAAUAAGUUUGAACCAGGAGAUGAUACAAUGCAAGCUAUGAUUGGUGCUUGCUCGAAGGAUGGAAAGUGGGAUUUGGCACUAAACAUAUUUCAGAGUAUGUUGGACAUUGGAUUCAAGCCAAAUACAAUUGCAUUCAAUGCAUUGAUAAAUUCGCAAGGAGAGGCUGCAGAGGUUGAACUAGCUUUUAAAUUAUAUAACAUCAUGAAAUCUAUUGGUCAUUCGCCCGAUCCGUACACAUGGAAGGCGUUACUCGGCGCACUCUACAGGGGAAAUUGACAUGAUGAUGCUAUUAAGCUGUUUGAGAACAUCAACAGAAGACAGAUGUCUCGAUUGAAUUCACACUUGUACAAUAUGGCUUUAAUGUCUUGCUCAAAGCUUGGGCUAUGGGAUAAUCUGCAGAUUUUGUGGCAAUUAGAAGCUUCUGAGUUGUCAGUUUCGACAGCGUCGUAUAACCUUGUAAUCAGUGCUUGUGAGAUGGCAAGGAAGCCUGAAGUGGCAUUGCAAGUGUAUGAGCACAUGGUUCACCAGAAGUGCCCCCCAGACACAUUUACUCACAUUUGGGGUUCUUUCUGGGAGGAAGUGGAGGAAAUCCUGAAUCACGCUGCACCUGAUGCAUCUCUUUAUAAUGCUACCAGUCAAGGAAUGAGCUUUCAAGGCAAGACCGAGUUAGCCAAAAAGCUUUACACGAAUAUGCGAAAGAUUGGCCUGCAACCAGAUGGGAAAACAUGCGCUGUUAUGCUGCAAAACUUGCGAAGGAAGCAGCCUUCCCGUUACAGAACAAGCAGGAGCAAGCAUUCCCCUAAACGCCGCUACUAA